UUUUUGAAGCAACAGAUCUUUUCAAGAUUCUCGUUUCCAUACUUUUCACUGUAAAUCCUGGGGACUAUAGUAUUCACCUGUUAGAACCAAGUCUACUACUACCUCAACGUCACAUAGGAAUCUGGUUGGCAUGACGGCAGGAAAGAAGAGCAAACGCGAUGACAUAUCGGCCGUAGAUUGUUUUGAUGAGGUUGUACUUGGUAUACAUCAAGCUGAGUCAGCUGUACUUAUGCUAAAAAGUCCUGAAGACGAUGUUAAGACCCGAGCUUGUGAAGCAUUAUACAAGUUUUCAAACAAAAGUGACGAAAACAAAAAAGCACUGAUAUCAUUAAAUGUUCUGGAGUACCUCCAGCCUCUAGUAAGAGAUGAAAAUAGGGUAGUAAAAAGGAAUGCGGUACUUGUUUAUGGAGUUCUAUCGUCACUUCCUUCUGCAAGGUCUAUCAUUAGGAAACUGCCAACAAUUGUUACUGAUCUUCUCAAGCUUUUGGACUCAGAAGAAUUUGAGACAACAAAAGAAUUUGCUGCAAUGACAUUGUCACAUCUUUGUUUGGAAUAUGUUGGUAUAUACGAACUUAUAGAGCAUAAAUGCUUCUCUGUUAUCAUACCUUGUUUGAAAUCACCUGAUCCAGAUGUACAGAAGAAUACAUUGGAUAUAAUACAUAUGUUACUCCAGGACUUUGAAGCUCGCCCAAUGCUGAAAGCUUCUGAAGGUCUGGAGACUCUGAUUGAAUUGUUGGUAUCGGAGUAUCCAGUUAUUCAAGAUUUAGUGUUAAAAAUAUUUGCUAGAGCAGCACAAGACAGUAUAAUAAGGACAGCCUUGAGAGAUAUGAAUGCAUUGGAUGCAUUUGUUGAUAUUACUGGUGUUCCGGAAUUUAACGAUAUACAUGUUUCCGCCCUACAAGUAAUUGCAAAUUUACUAGACGAUACUGAAUGUGUAAAGCAUUUAGUUAGUCAAGGCAGUCUUCAAAAAUUAUUGCAUUUUAUCACUGAUCGUCAAGUUUAUAAUGAAAGUGAUAUUAAAGUCAAUUCUGUGAAUCAACAGCAAAAUAAAGACAAGAAUGCUAAAGGAAGGAAACCUAGUCCUAAGAAAGGUGAUAAGAAAAAAAGCAGCAAAGGAGAACCGGAUGGAAAAAAAGAUGAGGAAAAACCACCGUCAAAUACUUUGCCAGAAGCGAAAAUUUACACAUGUAAUGCACUUAUGAGAGCUGCAUGUAAAGAAGAAACAAGGAAAAUUUUACACGAUGCAGAUGUUGAAAAGAUGUUAGUAUCACUAUUAUCUCAUGAAGAUGAAGGUGUACGAGCUGCAUCAGCACAAGUUAUUGCUAUACUGUCAGAAAGUUCAGUAUGUCAGGAUAGAAUAGCUGAAUUAGGUGGACCGGAAUUACUUAUUCGUAUGACUCGGAGCGAUCAUCGUGAACUCAAAUCAGCUGGAGCUACAGCAUUAGCUGCUUUGACUACUGGAAAUGGAUCAAUUUGUCGUGAGGUUGCAAGUCGAAAUUCAGGGCUUGAGGCAUUGCUUAGUUGUUUACAUAUAGGUGAUCCUGAAGUUGACUUAAUUACAGUGGGUGGAUUAAUUGCACUGACGAAUUUGGCUACUGAAGAAACUACUCGACCAAAGGUUUUACAUGUAAUAACGGCCAAGUUAUUGAUACCAACCCUAAAUUCAAAUUCAGUAUUAACUCAAUCUAAAGCUGCAUUAGCAGUGGCUUCGCUAAUAUCUGAACAACAUAAUAUCCAACAAUUUAUUCAACUUGGAGGUUUAUCGAGUUUGCUCAAUUUAGUUCAAUCAACACAUAAUGAUGUGCGUCGUUCAGCAUGUUGGGCUAUCGCUUCAUUGACAGCUGACCACACAGCUGCUGUAACGUUAUCUCAGUUAAAUGGUAUAACUAUUUUACAAACAUUGAAUGAAUCUAUAACACGUAAAAAUGCUUUUACUGAAUUAGCUUUAAAACGUGUACUGGAUGCCAAUUUAAUGGCGAAAUUUGCAUUAACUGGUUACUUAGAUUUUGUUGAUCAUAUACCAGAUUUAUUUUAUGAUCCUGGUCAAAUAACUAAUCCAUCUCAAUUUUUAACAUUGGAUGAAUAUAAUGAACAAUCUGUGAAUGACCGUCGACCAAUAUUUUUAAUAAAUUUACAAAAAUGUGAUAUUGUUUCAUCGUCAGAUUAUUUACAAUCACAAGAUUCGAAUGAUGCCAAAACUGAUGAUUUGAAACACGAUGAUUUAAAUUAUUUCAAUGAAAUGAAAUAUCCUUUUGAUUCUACAUUACAUGAUUGGUUAAAUAUUGCAAUUAAACAAAUUACGUCAAUAAGUGAAUUAAAAGAGCAAAUAAAAUCUUUAGGAGAGUAGGUUUAAUUAAAAGUUGUUUAUUCAAUAUUUUGUAAAUUUGAUUUUUGUAAAAUAAUCCAUCCAGUAGUGAAAUUUUGGAUAAGUGUUUCGUUUUGUUUUAACAUAAUUAAUAGCGUAUAUCUUUUUCACAUUGAGAUUUGGCUAAAAGUCAUGAAUUCCGAUCAUAACUAUCAUUAAAAUUAAUCUCAUAAAUCAUCUUUUUUAAGUAGAGAUUCAGUAGCUUAUGUUCUGCUAUCUACCACAUUUAUAACAACAUGAUUGUAAUAUUUGUUAUUGUUUUUACGAGUCUAUGAAAUUCACGAUAUCUCUUACGUUAACUGUAUUCUGCAUUUUUUUCAAAUGUUUUAUGUAUCACUCUUUAUGUAACUUACUCUCAGGCAAAUUUCACUAUUUCGUCGACCUAAUAGUAGUUUUAAAAGUAGUUUGAUUCAAUUUUAACGAUAUCAAUUAAGGAGUUAUGAAAUAACAAUAAUCAUUUUUCAGCUGUUUCCUUAUAUUCUAAGAAUAUUCGACAAUAAAUAAUAGUCGGGACAAAAUUGCUGAUGCAAUAACUGUAAAAUCUAUUCUGCAACAACUCAUAAUGAGUCUCAUCCAACAUAAAGUACAAAUCAUAACG